GCUUGAAUAGAGGCUUUCUUCAUAUCGUAGACAGACAGUAGAGAUUAUCAAAUUGGAUGCGUCUCGUGUUGUUUUCACUUUCCCCAUCAUUUCAGUGAAGAGGGGCGGUGUGUUCAACGAAACCGCAACGUUUAUCACCGUCGCCAAGAGUGAGGCCCAGGCAGGAGCCGGCUGCUGCUGAGCACGGCACCAUGAUGGAAGGGGGCAUGCAGCUGCUGAACCGUGACGGCCACAGCAUCUCGCACAACUCCAAGCGUCACUACCACGACUCGUUCGUGUCCAUGAACAGGAUGCGCCAGCGCGGCCUGCUCUGCGACAUCGUGCUGCAUGUCUCCAACAAGGAGAUCAAGGCGCACAAGGUGGUGCUGGCCUCCUGCAGUCCCUACUUCCAUGCCAUGUUUACAAAUGAGAUGUCGGAGAGUCGCCAGACCCACGUGACCCUGCAUGACAUUGACCCCCAGGCGUUGGAACAGCUGGUUCAGUAUGCCUACACGGCAGAAAUCGUGGUGGGGGAGGGCAACGUGCAGACAUUGCUCCCAGCGGCCAGCCUGCUGCAGCUCAACGGGGUGAGGGAUGCCUGCUGUAAGUUCCUCCUCAGCCAGCUGGACCCUUCCAACUGCCUGGGCAUCCGCAGCUUUGCCGACACGCACUCCUGCAGCGACCUGCUCAAGUCUGCGCACAAGUACGUCCUGCAGCACUUUGUGGAGGUGUCCAAGACUGAGGAGUUCAUGCUGCUGCCGCUAAAGCAGGUAUUGGAUCUGAUCUCCAGUGACAACCUGAACGUACCGUCAGAAGAGGAGGUAUACCGGGCCGUGCUGAGCUGGGUCAAACAUGACAUAGAUGGGCGCAGGCAGCACGUUCCCUGGCUGAUGAAGUGCGUGCGUCUGCCCCUGCUGCGGAGGGAUUUCCUUAUGAGCAAUGUGGACACGGAGCUGCUGGUGCGCCACCACUCUGAGUGCAAGGACCUGCUCAUCGAGGCCCUCAAGUACCAUCUUAUGCCCGAGCAGAGGGGUGUGCUGAGUAACAGCCGCACCCGGCCGCGCCGCUGCGAGGGCGCCAGCCCCGUGCUCUUUGCCGUCGGUGGCGGCAGUCUGUUUGCUAUCCACGGCGACUGCGAGGCCUACGACACCCGGACUGACCGCUGGCACAUGGUGGCAUCCAUGUCCACUCGGCGGGCACGGGUGGGCGUGGCGGCCAUUGGCAACAAGCUGUACGCGGUGGGAGGGUAUGACGGCACCUCUGAUUUGGCCACCGUGGAGUCCUACGACCCUGUCACCAACUCCUGGCAACCUGAGGUUUCCAUGGGGACACGGCGGAGCUGUCUGGGCGUGGCAGUGUUGCACGGCCUACUGUACGCCGCCGGUGGUUACGACGGAGCUUCCUGUCUCAACAGUGCAGAGCGGUACGACCCUCUCACCAGUACCUGGACCUCCAUCUCUGCCAUGAGCACCCGAAGGAGAUACGUCCGUGUGGCUACUCUAGAUGGCAGUCUGUAUGCAGUAGGAGGAUAUGACAGCUCCUCACACCUAGCAACAGUGGAGAAAUAUGAACCACAGAGUAAUGCGUGGACGGCCAUCGCCAACAUGCUGAGUCGGCGCAGCAGUGCCGGGGUGGCCGUGCUGGAGGGCAUGCUCUACGUCGCCGGGGGCAACGACGGCACCAGCUGCCUAAACUCGGUGGAGCGAUUCAAUCCCAAGACCAACGCCUGGGAGGGUGUGGCGCCCAUGAACAUCCGCAGGAGUACCCACGACCUGGUGACCAUGGAUGGCUGGCUGUACGCUGUGGGCGGCAAUGACGGCAGCUCCAGCCUCAACUCCAUCGAGAAGUACAACCCACGCAGCAACAAGUGGGUGGCGGCCUCCUGCAUGUUCACGCGGCGCAGCAGUGUGGGCGUGGCCGUCCUAGAGCUGCUCAACUUCCCACCGCCCUCGUCGCCCACGCUCUCUGUGUCCUCCACCAGCCUUUGACACGGGGCUAGGCACUGGCUGACCUCAGCCUCAACCCCCGCCUCGGCCUCGGUCGCUGCCGCCACCACUGCACAGCCAGGCCCCAGCAAGAGACGCAACUGCUCUGUGUGAAGAGGAGGGAGUGAGAGGAUGCAUAUACUUGAUUCAGGUAGCGAGAGGGAGAGUGGAGAGAAGGGCUUGAGAGAGAGAGUGGGAGGGUACAGUUAGAGGGAGAAGAGGUGAUGGGAAAAGCGAGAGAGAGGAAGAGUGAAAGAUGGAGAGAGAAACACACAGAGGGUGCUGCUGGAUCUUGUGCGGUCUUUCCCUGAAGUCUCACUGUAUUACCGUAAAGAUACCAGCUUCUAGUCUAUUGAAGAACACAGGAGAGUUUUCCUCAGAUAAAGAUGUUGGAAAAAAACACCAUCCUCCUUCCAUCCUUUUGCAAUUCAGCGCUUGAAACACAGUCUCUGAACCGAGACGGUCACUUUGUGUAUCAUGUGUACUGUCCUCCCCAAAAAUAUUUUUUU